CCUCUCUUCUGCAACCGAGCCAGCCUACCCCUCUGCACCGCGCCCAGCCUUGCACUCCCACGCCUGCUCAGCACCCCUAGCUCCUACGCCCCUAGCUCAUGCGCCCAGCUCUGCACCGAGCUCUGCAUCCUUGGCCUCUGCGCGCCUGCACUCUGCGCCUCACUGCCAGCUUUGCUCUGCACCAGCUCCUGCGCUCUGCACCAGAUCCCCUUGCCGCCUGCUGCGCCGAACCCACGUUGCUUGCACGCCUGCACUCUGUGCCAGCAUCAUGACCCUGCACCGAGCCUUGCUGCACCCUUGCUGCUCUUCCUCUGCACGCUACAGAAGCUCCAGACAAAUUGGCAUUAUUAUUGAUUGACAGAGCAAGGCCCUUUUUUAUUAUUUUUAUCUUUAUUUUUAUCUUUUAUUCGGGUAUAUAUAUAGAGAAAAAUCAGAUUGACUGGGGGGGUUUUUUUCGGGUUGAUUUUCGGAACUGGAAGGGGAUUUCUUCUGGUAUUGAGUGUGGCCGGUUCUGAUUUUGGAGUUGAUUUUGGAGUUUGAUUUGGGAGUCAUUGUUCUGGGUUUCGGGAGAAAAGAGAAAGAAGAAAACCGAGCUGAUUCCGGCUAGAUUCCGGCAGUAUUUCUGCCUCCUUUUGCUAGGUAUUUUCCUGCAACAGAGGAGUCUUUUAGGGGAGGCAGUGAGGGGAAUGAUCUGGGCUUGAUCCCGUGGGUGGGAUUCCCCAGAUCGGACUCCGAUCUGUUACCCGGAAAGCUCCGCCGUGCUUGUUUCUUUGUCUUUCUGCUUCUGUGAUCUGCUUUUAUGUUAUUUAUGUUUGUUUUUGUUUACUGAAAAUCAAUGAAAAAUAAAAAAAUGUCCAUUUUAUUU